AUGGUGAAUAUCGUUGAAGAAUCAAGUAACCCUAGCCAUACAUCUACAGAGCAUAUCUCUCACUCCUCUCCUCAAUCGAAUCUUCAAGUGAAAAGGAAGUAUAACAACGAUCCUCUUGUGAUUCAUCCGGCGGAUCAUCCAGGACUUACACUUACGACGACAAUUCUUACUAGAGAAACUUACUAUGGGUGGUGCCUUAGCCUCCAACUCGCAUUAUCUACAAAAAUCAAGAUCGGCUUCAUUGAUGGAUCUUUUCCAAGGCCAGUGGAUCCUGAAGACGAAAGACAGUGGGGAAUCGUUGACUCCAUGGUCAGAGCAUGGAUGAUGAAUACGAUCGAUGUAAGGCUUCAAAGAAGGUUUCAGUCGACCAAGACCAGUCGUGAUCUGUGGCUGGAAAUGAAAUCAAGAUAUGAAUGGAACAACGGUCCGAGGAGAUACUAUUUGCAGAAAGAUAUCGUCAUCCUACAACAAAGAAAAAAUGAUCUUGAAGAAUACGAUUCUAAGGUAAGACUUCUUUGGGAGGAAAUGAUGAGUUUAAAGCCACUUAGGAGAUGUAGAUGUAGAGGAACUAAGACAGAUUGUGAUGGAUGCUUUCUUGAAUAA